GCCCGUGCGGGGCUCGGCGGGCGGCCCUGCGUCGGUUCGGUCGGGGAUUCGCUUCGUCCUUUUUGUGAGACGACGGCGUCACCCCAGAGUCGAAACCGGCGUGUGCUCCCGUAGGCAGGCGGCGGGAGCGCGGCAGGGUUGUAGUGCUGCCCGGGGAGGAUAAUAGCAGGGGCGAGGCCUGCUGACUGGGCUCUGCGCCCUGGGUGUGACAGAUGCCUUAUUGCAGUGGGGAGGAGAGGGAGGGAACAAGACAUCUUCAUUUGCUUCGGGAGCCGGAGUUAAUUGCUUUCUUAAAAAGACUUCAGAUCUCUUUUUCUGUUGUGUUGGAGCGGCUUGGCUUGUCGUUCAGUGUAGACCUAACGAACUCUGAAGAGUGAAACCAGUUGGAGAGACUGUGUGAUAGUUUUAUCGAGGUGUUGUUGUUUUAGUAACGUGCUUUGCUAUGGAGCAAGGAUGAGUCCAUUAUUUGCUUAAAAACUGCUUUUUGGAAGAGGAAUGUUGCCUUUCUCACUGCCUUGGUUUUUGUAUUUCCCAUUGUGUAGCUGCAGACAGAGAAGGACAAGAAGGGUGAGCCCUGCUGGAGAAUUAAGCGUAGCAGAUGGCAGACGAGUGGCUCUUGGUCCUUGCUGGGUGGAAAAAAACAAAUUGUUUUAGUUUAAAGCUGUUACUUCAUUAUUAAUCAGUGCAAAUAACUUUGACUAAAAUGUCAGUAACCUCGCUUCGCUGAAUUCAAGUUAGCUUUAUUUUUAGUUCCUAAGCUUUAUAACUGAGAACACUUACUACAUUUUAAAAAUAGUAUUAGUAGCUGUCAUUACAGGAAUAUGUUUACAUACAUGAGUAUCCUGUCUUGUAGUGUUACAGUAAUUUAUGUGAACUGCGUCCAUAAGUUUUGCAGCUUCUCUUUUUGAUUUAUUUCGGUUAGAAUAAUAAGGAUAUCUUUUACUUAAAACGCUCUAUAUCUUGAUCCUAUGGUGAGGGACUUGAAGUUUGAAUUAGGAAAGAUCUUUUUAGAUGCUUUUAGCAUCUCAUCAUCAAAAGACACGCAGGGUGACAUUAAGUGUAAUCUUCAAUGCCAUGUGAUCUGGAGCCGUGCAGUAUAGGGAUCUGAGAGAUUAUGGCAUCUGAAGCUCACAAUGCUAAAAAACAGAAAGUGUUGCUUAUUGAAGGUCGUCCUGUUGAUCUCCCCAGAAAAAGAAUCUCUUCUUCCACUAAAAAGAUCAUGAAGGAGGAUAAGAAAUCUCCAAAACAGCUGGCUUCAUACACAAACAGAAUAACAGUUGGAAAAACGGUGACCAGUCCCCUAUUUCUCUUCAAAGCAGUACAUUGUAAAAGAAAAGUCUAUAGUUACACUGCAAAGCCUUGUUACAAGAAGAAACAGUUCCCUAAAUCAAGGGGCUAUAACAUGGCAAAUAAAGAAAAUGAACUAGCUUGUGCAGGGAAUCUGCCAGCAAAACUGAAUGAUGGUCGAACACACUUGCUGAAUUCUAGUGACUCUGGCUCGUCUCAAACAGAAGGCCCCUCUUCCAAAUAUAGUGCAUUUUUUUCAGAGGUUUCUCAGGACCAUGAAACCAUGGCUCAAGUUCUGUUUAGCAGGAAUCUGCGGCUGAAUGUUGCUUUAACCUUUUGGAGAAGGAGAAGUAUAAGUGAACUGGUAGCCUACCUAGUGAGGAUACAUGAUCUUGGAGUUGUAGUAGACUGCCUUCCUGUGCUUACAAACAGUUUACAGGAAGAAAAACCAUAUAUUUCAGUUGGCUGCUGUGUAGAUCUUUUGCCUUUAGUGAAAUCACUACUUAAAAGCAAAUAUGAAGAAUAUGUGAUAGUUGGCCUAAACUGGCUUCAAGCUGUAAUUAAAAGAUGGUGGUCAGAACUAUCUGCGCAUAAAGAGAGGGCAGAGGAUGGAAAUAUGAUUAUUUUAAAACAACAAUUAAGUGAAUUAUGGGAACAAGAAAAUCAUCUUACUAUGGUUCCAGGAUAUACUGGUAAUAUAGCAAAGGAUGUAAAUGCUUAUUUAUUACAACUGUGCUGACACGAUUGAGAAAUGAUGUGCUUAUGUGGUGAAACAAUCCCCUAAGAUGUUCCUGAAAUACAUACUGUUUCUGAAAGCCUUCUGAGAAAUACUGCUGGAAGAGAACUGAACUGUCAAGCUGUUUAAUAAAACCACUAACGAAAUCCUAAGAAUCUACUUCACAUUGAAGUGGAAAAAUGUCUAGUAGGAGCAACUUUUACUUCAGUGAGGUGAAAGUGCACUAUGAAAACUGUAUGCCUUUGCUGCAUUUGGGAUUCAUUCAUAAGUAUUCACUGUUUUCCUACAGCAUUGCAUAAAAAGAUGAAUUCAACUGGUUCUGCCAUCUUGUCUGACAUUAAUAAAGAACCAACGAGAGCAAUCGGCAUUAAGAGCUUUUAAGUGUUUAUUUACAAGAACUCCAAAAUGCACAACUAUCUUCCAACUAUUAAAGACAACUCUGAAAUACUCAAUUAUUUCUUUGUUUUAAUUGAAACUAAAGACAAUUUUUGUUUGCACUAUUGAAAAAGUAUACAACAAAAAUGCCUUAAUUACUAGUGUUUGAAAGAGCCAAUGUGUUGAGAUGUAAGUAGCUAUUGUAUGUUCAGAUUCUGAUGAAAACUAUUAUGAAAGUCAGGGUUUCACACUGUGUAGUUGUUCUUGAAACAUUGCACAUACACAAAAAUACAUGCAGGACAAAUAAUAUAAACAACUGAAGUUAAGCUUGGAUAAACAGUUAUUACAAAUGUGAACAGAAUGGUGAAUAUACCUGACAAAUGUUUUUUAUAUUGUAUGUGGAUUUCUAACAUGGUAUCUUGUUCUGUAUCAUUUAAACUACAUGCGAAUAAGUAAAUAUAUUAAAUGUAUCUACUGUUUUCUUCUCCAGUUCAUAAAAUUAGUUUCUGGGACAACUUCUUCCACAGUACUUCCUAUUGUAGAUAUUUAUGUCUAUUAUUUGUGAAAUGUUUACAGCCAGACAAGGCCAUUGUUAUUCAAGUCACAUUGUUCAUAUUCUACCUCCUUUAAGAAACUGACAAAUAGUUUUGCAAAAUCAGUCAAUUACUAACUGGAUUUAAUGGUGUCAAAAAAAAAAAAAAAAGCUCAAACGCAAAAGCAUUGAAAAAACUAUCAACUUUUACUCUUCUACUGCUGUACUUUGCUAUUUUAAUUUGAAAGCUAUACAGUAGCAGCUCUGAGGGAGUUUUUAUUUUUAGUCUUGCUUCCAUGUUUUUAUCUUCUGGUUAGGAAGCGUGUUUUUCCAAUUUAAAGCAUAUGAAGUGCCAGUUUUUCACUUAAACAAAAAUACAACACCAAAUCUGCUUUCUAAAAAUCUGAAAAAAGAAUGAUCAGGUACUUGGAGGGGUUAUGUUCAUUAGCAUUAAAUGAAUGCACUUUUACUGUGAUGUUGGGCAAAAGAAUAGUGUGUUUUGUGUUGGUUUUUGUUUGUUUGUUUUUUUUUUUACUUUGCAGGUGAAACAAAUGAGAUUUGAACUCAAGCAGCAGUCAACAACUUUAGGCCUCCUGUUACUUCAUUUGUAGUUUGUAUUUUAUUUAUACAUCGUUAUUGCUGGUUUCUGAAGACCAAUUAGAAAUCUGUCAUCAGAACCUGGUGCUCUUUGGUUAUUAGAAUAUUCUUUAAACCAUCAAAUGUUUUGUGCUAUAGGCCAUCAACUACAGGGAAGAAAGUCUGAGACAUCCCAAGACUGAAACUUUCACUGGGACAAUCUCCUGAGAUAUACAUAGUGCAACAUAGCUAGAAUUAUGUGUAACUAGAGGUAUUUCACACUGCAAAGAUUUUUUUGAGGCAGAACUUAGUGUUUCUAAGAAUGUUUUUUCUGUCAAGUAAAAAUAGAACUACAACACAAUAAUGUCAUUUUCUUUGUUGUUCUUUGGAGCACUGAAAUGUAAAGCUAACAAAAGCUUGUAAAGUAACUGCUGGAGCUCUUAGGUGGCUCCUCAAGGAGCAUACUGUAAAGGUGGUGGAAACGCAUUUUUUAAAUUCUCCUGUUUUGUUUUUGUUUUUUGUUUUUUAAUAGAUAAGGUGAAAAAAUUCAUGGCCGUAUAAUUCAGGUACUACAAGAAGUAAUCACUAAUUACAAUGAAAUACUCUACUAUUCAAAAAUUUGGCUUAAUAGAUAUGAACAUGUAGUCUUAUACUGAAUUCUAUGUAUGGCCAUGGAUUUAACAAUAUAUAACCGUGGAUGGUGCUUCUUUUAAAUGGCAAGAUAAGAUUGUCUUUAGGAUGAUUAUUGUUGAGUAAUAACAUAAUGCAUUACUUUUUAACUGCCAAAAGUUGUAUUUUGACAGCAUCAAUAAUACAAUAUUAAACAUGAAGCCAUUA